AUGCAUUGUUUACUGAUUUACUACAUGUUCAAAAUUUGUGAUAUAAACAUUUUAAUUAGAUAUUGUCCGACAUUAAUACUUUUCACUUAUGGAAUUGGCAGUGCAAUUUUUUCUGUGUUUUUCGCAAACGAUAUUCGUGAAAUAGUAACAUAUUUUGAUAAAAUUUGUUGGCCUCUUAAUAUAAUAAGGAACGAGGCCCAAAUAAAGUUGAAGCGAAAAUGCCUUAUUAUAAAUAUUUUUAUGUCAUGCUUUUUCCUACAUGUUGCAAGUACAUUUACUGUUAAUGCUCCAUAUUUCGGAGAUCAGAGAGAUUUUUUUAUUUCUAUUCGAGUUUUUGAGGAAUAUUUUGGAGAAUGGUCGUAUAUUCCAUAUUAUUUUUAUUUCGUUGGAUUUCCAUUUUUAUAUUAUCAUUUCUUAAAACUUUGUUUAAUUUUUGUCUAUGUUUCUUUACAAUCACAGUUACAGUUCUUCAUCGUUGAGGAAUAUUUGUUUGAGACACACCAAACUGAUGAUUUGAAACGGUGGAAAUACUUAGAAGACGCACAAUAUCAACGAGAAAUAGGAAAAUCGUUACGUCUUUGUAUUACUCACCACAAUGCUUUAAAAAGGUUGGUGAAACUGAUGAUGAAUGUUGUACUAACAGUUAUGCCGUUUUUUCUACUUUUGGGAGUUUUUCUUUUUAUUAGUUGUUUUGCGUUCAUCAUAAAUUUUGCGGACACCAUGACCAACAUUUUAAAAAUACGAAUUUUCAUGUAUGCUGUAACAAUUGUGUGCACCACCAUAAUGUUGUGUUGGAAUGGUCAACAACUGAUUGAUGUGACGAGCAAAAUUUUUUAUGUUCUGUCCGGAGCUCCUUGGUACUACUGGAAUCUUAAAAAUAUUAAAACUCUUUUGAUAUUUAUGACAAAUUGUACCAAAAAUGAGGGUAUUAUUCUGGCUGGGAUUUGUUUAGAUUACAAUAUGUUUGUUUCGGUCUUACGAAUCUCCAUUUCUUAUGCUCUAGUUUUGUACAAUCUUCACAAAAGUAGUGUGAUUUGA